AUAUUGUCGAAUGUGGUUAACGUUCUAGGAAGGAGGGAGCAAGGAGGGUUAUAUAUAACGUGCUUUCCUAGAAAGCACAACCAUUAGAUAAGACUCUUCCUCGAUUCAAACGACACAAACUUUCCUAUUUCUUUCCAAUCUCUUAUUUCUUUCACCACUUAGAGUCAUAUACUUACUCAUACUGUGAUCAUUCAUCCAGAACGCUAAUGACGCACUCAGAUGCUACCAUAAAGCUUCGCAAGUGUAUUCCACAUCAAAACUACUAUCAAUCUCUAGUAGCAGUGGGUGUAGUUGUACUUGCAUAGCUGGUCAGGACGCUCUAUCACAGUGACCCAAAGCUGGCAGGUUAUCUUACUCAUUACGACUAUCAUCACGACUAUCUCACCAAUAUAGCCUCUCAUAUUGCUCUUCUAUAGUACACCUGUAUCGAUCUCAUACGACAACAAUAUGCGUACCAAAGAAGAAACGCAGAAGCUUGUUAGUAUUGCUAGGCUCGAGGAUAAGCUUCAACAGCCCGGAAACCAAUUGAACGCCUUGAGACUCCUACAAGCACUUACGGUUAAAGAGGUCUACGAAGCUAAGAGGCAAUUGGAAUUAAUCGAAGAAAGGUUCUGCAAGCUCCAAGAAGCCAGCAUCGCAGAAGGUGGUCGUAGCGAAGGGUUCGAAAAGCAACUAGACGAACUUCGAAAGGAUAAAGAAGGACUUCGUUCACUUAUAUCCGAAGCAGAUGCGACUACUCAGAAUACUAAAGACAGCCUUGAGAGCCUCCGCACGAAGGUUAGUGACGAAUAUUUUAAACUGACCGCGGACAAUGCCAGAUUUGGAAAGGAUAUCAAGACAUUGAACAAGCAGAUUGAUCGCCAUCAAGAGCAACUAUCAACCGUCGAGAGUGCCCUUGAGGGUUUUCGUUCAAAGCUACCAAAACCUCAGGAUAUCGCCACACUGAACAACACUCUAGCUCGCCUGGAACCCAUGGUAAAAUCCAUGUACGACAAGAUAGACAAAGUCUCUACUCUCACCCUUGAGGAAAAGGAGGCGUUGGCAGAGGCUAUUAGCGAUCAAGCCCGGGUCCGCAAUUUCCUAGACACUUUCGUUCCUAAACAGGAAGACUUCUUCCAAUUUCUCGAGAAGCUCCACGAAGCGAACUCCCAACCAGUAUCACCCGAAUCCUUCCUACAAGGAGCCCUAAACGAAGCCAGUUUCAACCAUCUGUCCAACCCCCCGUCAUCGGGACCGCAACCACCCCUAAAAGCAGUCCAAAUGCUCGAGCAGUACAACCACUUCAGCAACUCAUACCGCAUCAAGCGCCCGAAGAGCGAGGCCAAAUUCAUCAGACAGUAUCUCAAGAAGAUAGAUCACAAGGCCGCCUGGUACAUCCAGAUGAAGCUGCAGCAGGAAUACCCCGACCUAGUUAAACCACUUCAGCGCGCGGAGACGAGUAAUACGAAAGCCGUGAUGAUCUUUGUUGAUAUUAAUAAGUUGUGUUGGAGUCAUGUCAAGAUCAUAAUGCGCAGGAUUAACGGAAAGGAGUUGUUUAGCCUCUUGGAGGCCGAGUAGGGGGAUUUGGCACGUCUAUGUCGAGCAAAAGGCCCAGAACUGUGGCGAUGUAGUCGGGAUUUGCUAUAAGCUUCUUCGGAUGUAGCUGUACUAUUC